AUGCAACCUAUCUUUAACUCUUCUGGUGAUAAGGGAGAAAUUUCUCAGACAUCACAUCCGGGAUCGAACUCAGAUGAUCGCUCUUGGAAGCUGAACAUGAAAAGCGCACCUGAAAGGGAAACACCUCGGUUUCUCGAUGACCAGCAUGGUGAGGCCGCCUAUGUGGAGCCGAGCCACUGGUUGUCCAUCCUACAGGAUAUCAAAGAUAUACGUUCAGAGCUACCUUCGAAUGGCUUGUUUCCACCUACAGAGGCAGCAAGUGAACAGGAUCCUCUAGGAUUGGAAUCAGACCUUGCUUUGGGGUUGUCGUUGGACCAUACUUUGACGAUCGAUGAUGUUAUAAGCUUUCUUCCUUCACAGACUACUUGCGAUAUGCUACUAUCUCAAUAUUUUAAUUCACGAUUCAUGGUUCUUGGAAUCGUGCAUUACGGAACGUUCCGCACUGAGUACCAAAACUUUUGGACCUCUCCUGGCAACACUAGCCUUGCGUGGCUUUCUCUGAUGCUUGCUAUCUUGAGCAUGUCGAUAAUAUUACGAAACAAGCCAAAUUCCCAAAGAGACUCUUCCCAGCAAAUACCCUCUAUAGGUUCUCUUCAAAAAAUGACAGCCCAGUGCCUCAUAUCUGCAAACUACGCCAGUGCAAGAGAAAAUGCAGUGGAAGCAUUGCUCUUGUAUCUCCAAAGCCGCUUCAUGACCCAAAAUUGCACCAACAGCCAACUAUGGCUUGAGUUUGGUACGUUAAUUCGCCUGGCAUUUCGAAUGGGUUACCAUAGAGACCCUAGUGGGGCUUCUCGCAUCUCAGAAUUAGAUGGUGAGAUGCGACGACGCACCUGGUUGCAUAUUUUUCAGAUCGAUGCCUUAGGGUCAUUCCAAAUGGGUCUUCCCAGUAUGAUUCCGACGGAAUUCUGUGACACCCAACCACCGAGAAAUCUAUAUGACAGUGACAUCACCGUUGGUCUGGAAAGUCUGCCACCUUCGAGGCCUUCCACGGAUGUUACACCGAUUCUCUACGCGAUUGUCAAGUCUGAUUGUGAAAUGAAAGAGACAUAUCAAAAGAUUCCUGAAACCUUCCGUCGGAGAAAUAUCAGUGAAUCGUUUAUGGACUCAUCUGACAUCAUAUUGGAACGAUGUACCAUAGAACUACUCUAUCUUAAGGGUAUUGUUGUUCUUCACCGGCGCUUUCUGCGACAUGAACCCCAUAACUUGGCAUUUGAAUUGUCUCGAACAUUUUGUCUCGAAGCAGCUUUGGAUAUUCUAGCUCGCCAGGUAGACAUCCACCAAGCAACUGUCCCUGGUGGCCGCCUUCAUGAAGAUCGCUGGAUGGUCACUUCACUGACUAUUCAUGAUUUUCUGUUAGCAGCGAUGAUUGUAUGCCUUGAUCUUUCCAUACGAAUUGAGUCUCCGGAGAGAGGCAAUGAAGAAAUUUCAAUAUCGAGGAAGUUACAGGCACUUGUACUAUCUCACCAGCUGUGGGCUGGCGAUGACUCUCCACAGUCACGUCUUGCGGCACUCACAUUGGACUUGAUGAUCCAAAGGGUCAAGGAGGUUCAAUUGGGUGGCAAUCGAAAUUCCCAAACGACGAAUAAGGAGUCGCACUGUGUUCCCGAAUUUGAGCUUCCGUAUAUUGAAGCUAUGUCUGAUAUUAUUGAUGACCCUGAGUCUCUAGACUGGUCAUUGCUCGAUCAACUUUUGCAAAACCCUGGGAAAGCCCCAUUCGAAUGA